UCCGGAAACUGCCGAGUUGUGACGCUGAGCAGCAGCCGUAGCGACGCUUGUUGGAGUUUAGACAAGCGGAGGGAGCAAAAUGGCGGACGAAGAUAUUACGCUUGAUGGAAAACCUCUACAAUCGCUUAGAGUCGCGGAUUUGAAAGCCGCUCUGGAGCAAAGAAGCCUCCCAAAGAGUGGGCAGAAAAACACACUCUUGAAACGACUGAAAGGGGCUCUGAUGCUGGAAAAUCUUCAGAAGUCGUCCUCCUCUCACAGUGGGCUGCAGCCCAACUCACAGAUAGGUGAGGAGAUGAGCCAGAAUAGCUUCAUAAAACAGUACCUGGCUAAACAGCAGGAGCUUCUUCGCCAGAGACUGGAGAGAGAGGCCCAGCAAGAGGAAGAUUCAGAUGAAAGCCCAGCAGUGCCGGAGGAGGAUGAAGACCACUCAGAGGACAAUGACAGCUCUUCCUAUGUCUCUGACAAGAAGCAUCGCUCCAUACCCCCCAAGCCCUCAAUGACCAGGGCGGAGGAGAAAGGAGGAGGUGAUGCACUGAUGGGACAUGGGAUGAUGGCAUGCGGACCUGACAUGGGCCCCGGUCCUACCCUCCAACCCCAGGAGUCCCUUGAGGCUCCAGGAGCUAGGAUGCAGCGAGCCACCUUUCAUCAAGGACAUAAGGAGCCACCAGCCCCAUCUCCUCCCCGUGCCGUAGCUUCCCUGUCAGUGCGUGUCCUGGGCCAGCCUGACCGCCAGGGGCUGCCCCCUGCCGUUUCUCGAGCCCAGGAGAAGGAGGGCACUGCACCGAUUGAACCAGGAUCAGCUUAUCCUGUCCUUCACCUUAGCCGAUCUGCCAGGGUCUCAGCAGGAGCUCAGGUCCAUGAGGACAGUGAUGACGAUGACGACGGUGAUGACGAGAGUGAGAAUGACGAGGACUGGGGGCCUGGUCCUGGCGGGGCACCAAGGGGCAACAGAGUACCUCCCCAGCCGCAGCAGAUGCCUCCCAGUGUCCCAUCAACAGCUGCCAGAUCCAAACGCAAGCUCCAGCCUCCACAGCACAUCCCACCACCACAGGUACACCACACACCAAUGCAACUGCGCCACCCCACUCCUCCUCCCUCUCCACCCCCUGACCUGUUUCCCCUACCUGACACUCCCAAACAGAGCCCACCAGACACAGACGACCAGGAGGGAGAAGGCCCUGCGGCUUCACGUGGUCCAAGGGUGCUGCCAUUCCCAUCUUCCACCUUGCAGAGGCAAGACUCUGACUCAAGUUCUCGUUCCAGCAGUCCUGAGCCCUCUGCGGAGCGCAGGCCAGGGCCUCUUUCUCUGCUCGUACACAAGAUGGAGUCAGAGGGGGCUUUCUGUGCAGCAGAGGCCACCUCUGCUGUGGAUAUGUCAGCAGAGACAGCACACUCCACUGCUGGGUCUGGCAGUUCCAGUGAAUCUCCACUGCUAAGAUUGGAGAGAAAGAGGCUACUAGAGAACAGAGAGAUGGAGGAAGAAAGGCGACUGAAGGAGGAGAAAGAGAGAGAUCAAUGCCAGAAGCAGGAGAAAGAAAGAAAGAAGAUACAAGAACAGGAGAGAGAGAAGAAACGCUUUGAAGAAAAGAAGGAAAAAGAGCGGAAACAACUGGAAGAGGAGGAGAAGCAGCGUCUGAAAGAGGAGCGAGAAAAAGAGAGAAAACGCCAGGAAGAGGAAAAAGAGAGAAAACGCCAGGGUGAGGAGAAGACAAGAGAGGAGAAACUGCUCAAGGAAAAGGUAAAGAUACAGGAGACAGCAAACAAAGGCAGGGUGGCUGUAACUGAGGCCCGAGACUCCGGUUCCUCAUCAGAUUCUGACUCCAAAUCAGACUCCUCUUCACACUCAUCUCAAUCCUCUUCCUCCUCCGGAGAUAAAACCAGCCAUGCCAUGCUGAAGAAGGCAGACCAAGGACAAGAAGCAGAGGAUGAGAAAAAGACUAACCUGAGUAAAGGGGCAGAGAAACGAUACCUUUCAAAAAGGGAGGUGUCAGAGCCCAGCGCAGCUGCCGUGACAGAGGUGGAACCAGACUCUGAGAGCUCCAUGGCCCAGCAGCCACCCUCUGGGGCUGAGCCAGAGAACAGCGAGGGCCGUCUGGAGGAGAGCACCACUCCUAAGGCUUUUGCUGCUCGCAAGAUAUCCUUGACCAGCAGUAAGACGUCUCCAGCCACCACAGAUGGAGGAGCAGGUGAGCCCGAGACGGGAACUGCAGCAGGGAGGAAGAGGCGGUGGGGCUCCAGCACAGCAGUCACUGCUAAGAAACCAUCCAUCAUCAUCACCACUGACUCACUGAAGUCAUUGAUCCCAGACAUCAAAGUGAACCAGGAGGCAGUGGUGGAGCUGCACCCAGAGGAGCUGCAAAUGUCUGGGGACGAGGAGGGCCUGGACGCCAGCCGGGGUGACCAGGACAAAGGCCUGAAGAUUCGACGAACCGUCACACAGGUUGUUCCAGGUGACCAGGAAAACGGACAGACAAAUGAAGAGGAAGAGGUGGAGAAAACUGAGAAAGAAAAACAACGCAGGACCUCCAGAGACAAAAGGAAGAGCAGCGUUUCUGAGGAAGCCUCUGAAACACAGACAUCUGUCAAGCUCGAAGGAGAGGCAAAGAAAGUUACCCCCAGCGACAGUCUGGUGCGUCGCUCCAUAAGUCAACAGAAGUCUGGCGUGUCCGUCACCAUCGAUGACCCCAUCCGCACAACCAGGCAGCCCUCGCCGCCUCACGGCAAAGUCUCAAAUAUCAUCCAUGUGACCAACCUGGUGCGACCCUUCACCUUGGGCCAACUUAAAGAGCUGCUGAAGAGGACAGGCAGCGUGGUGGAAGAGGGCUUCUGGAUCGACAAGAUCAAGUCUCACUGCUAUGUCACAUACUCUACAACAGAGGAGGCUGUCGCCACCAGAGCUGCCCUCCACGGAUUCAAAUGGCCUCCGAGCAAUCCCAAGGUCCUCUGUGUCGACUUCUGUGAGCAGGAUGAGCUGGACGUUCACAAAGGCAUCCUGAAGCUAAAAAGGGAGGAGGACCAUGUUGCCCUGCCAGGUGGUCCUCAGAACCGGCUGCCCCCUCUGAUGCCUGAGCGGGACAGGGACAGAGAAAGAGACCGAGACAGGGACAGAGAUCUCGAACGGGACCGCGGCGUGGUAGGAGUGCGGGAUCUGUGGGCGGAGCGGGAGAGAGAAAUGGAGCGCCGUGAACGAGCCCGUGGCGAGCGGGAAUGGGACCGGGAUAAGGUCCGGGAAUUUGCCAGACCGGGAGAGGACGGACAACGAUCUCGAUCCAGAGACAGAGAGAGGAGGAGGAGGGAGAGGGCCAAGAGCAAGGAGAGGAAGACUGAUAAGAAGGCAGAGAAAGGAGACGAGCCUCCUGCAAAACUGCUAGACGACUUGUUCCUGAAGACCAAAGCAGCUCCAUGUAUAUACUGGCUUCCCCUCUCUGAGGAGCAGGCGGCACAGAGGCUUUUGGACCGCACAGAGCGGCAAAAGGAGCGUGAACGGAGGCGCAAGGAGCAGCAAGAGGAGGAGGAGAAGAAGCGCGAAGAGGAAAAGAAAGAGAGGCUGAAGGGUCGGGAGAAGGACAGCAGCGUGACGGCGAGCGGCGGAGCCGCCGGGCGAGGAGCUGACAGAGACCGAGAGAGGGACCGCGGCCGAGACAGAGAGGGGGACAAGAAGAGGGACAACAGCUACCGGCCCAGACGACCCUCUGUAGGCGCUGGCAGUGGACGGCGCUCUCGCAGCCGUAGCAACCCCAGGGAUAGACGCCGCUGAGGGCCAAGUGGCUGCAGGGAAAGCUAGAGAGAGAGAGGGAGGGAGGGACGCGGCAUAGCUAGGGACACUGCAGACAGGAAGUCUUGGGAGGGAGUGUUUCCACUUGGAGAUACUUUUUUUUUUUUGCCUCAAGUUCAGGACUUGUGUCUGCUCCUCGCUAUCUGCCCCACCGUGCUUUAAUUCGUCCAUUUUGACGCCAGCGUUGUCUUCCACACACUUCUGCCAUUUCCCCCCACCUUGUCCUUGUCAGUUUACACAGAAAAUGUUGAUGACAUGUUUUGUUAUUAGUAAAAUGACGUUUAAUCUAGCUCCUAUCCCAUCUCUUCUGUUCUCUUUCUGUCUUCCAGAAGCAAAGUCCUUUCCCUCUGUGGAGAGCAGCGUUUCUUCUCGUCUCAGUGUAGUGCGGCUAAAGAAAAGAAGCAGAGAGGAUGGUGGUUUUUUUGGCUCGCCUCAGCAUUUUGUCCCACUGAGGUUUGAGAGCUCGCCUCUUUAUUUUAGUUCUGCGGGUGCACAGUUCCUUCCUCCUCUGAGCCCUGUAAUAAAACCAGUCCAAAAUAGAUCCCUGACCUUCAAAUAUUUUCUAGGAUCAGUUUUAGUGUUCUACUCGUAAGCACAGGUUUUUUUUUUUUUUUUUUAAAUAUACGACUAAAUUUAAAGGCAGUCUUUGUCAAAGUGAGGAUUUUGUUUUAAGUUUCAUGAAUCAUGUUCAUUUUUCUCAGCCUUGGAGGGUUCUUUGUUACAGCAGGUGAUUUUGUGUGAGUAAUAACCUUCAUCUCCCUCUCCCACGAAGAUGCAACUUGUACUGGUAGUCUCAACACUGUAACCUAGAAAAGUGUGCGAUAGUAAGAGACGUGAUGUGUUGUGGUCAUGCAGGAGAAAUGCAUAUGCCCGAGUUUGUCUUUAGUGGAUGGUUUUGAAAUCGACGAGGAUAUGAUAUUCUUGUCAAGUGGUGUAUUCUGUAAUAAUUACAGGAAGUGGACCUUCCCUGCACUGAAGUCUCCAUCUGAAAAUCCCUCCUGACCCUUAAAUCAUAUACAUACAUA